AAGGUUUCCUAGGGUCAGACUUAGCGCGGUUUCUGGAAUACCAUAUGACAAAUGAGCAAAUGAGUUCAGAUGAGGAUGAGUUUUUUGAUGCCCCAGAAGCCUUAGGAUGUGGAUUCGGUUACCGCAGUUGGGGUGACAAAUAUGUUGUUUCACCUAUACCUCAUUCGGUGAGCGAAGACGAAUUGAUUCGCACUUCAUAUGACUUUGAAAGUCAAAAUGCACGGAGACGAAGUCGAGUGGAAUCUCUGAAAAAGAACUUGUUGGAUAAGUCUUUCUCACUUUGUCAGUCAACUGGUCUACCGAAUAUGGAAGUUAUGGAUGAAAAAAAUGUUUGUUUACGCCGUAACGUGAAUGAUUUCACUUCUCCAACAAGUAAAAUACGUCAGUCAGAAGUUGAAAUAACUACUUUACCAGAUGAGAAGGAUGUGCACACUCAAAACCAAGAGUUAUUGCAAAGAAUUAGUUUGUACUCCAAGCCUGAUUUUGGCUUUUUCGGCUCACCGCAAGAAAAACCAAGUUUACUACCAUAUGUAAAUGUUCCAGAACCAUCCAUAACUAGCCAUUUAAGUCUGUUACACAGUGAAAAUGCUCAAAAACAACUGAUGAAAACACAGUUUGCUCAGACACAAACUAUUUUUCUAGAAAGUGGAUCACUGCAAUAUCCCAGUGAAUGUACAUUCAGAACUCCGAUGGAUUCCGGCUUGUACGGUUAUUCAAACGCAGCACCUAAUGACGCUCCUUCAGCGUAUAGAUUCGUACCCUCGGUUAUUAAUGAAGGUAUCGCUUCUCACCUACCUGAGAUUCCUGACUGUAGUUUAACUGAAAAUUCAAACCUCCCAGUCAUUCAACUCCUCAGACCUCAAGUGAUAUCUUCAGCUCCUGAGGUAUCAAAUCGGCAUGAAGAUGCCAAGAAUCUGCUGGAAUACGUUAAAUCUUGGUCUCUUGAUGCAGCCAGACAACAGAAUUCAGGACUGUCAGGAGCAUCAGUUAAUGGAACUGUGACACUAGAUCGCAUCGCAAGUAACAAUUUACCUGCAUAUCAAACAGGCCAGGUGGAUUCGAAUACUGUCAGUUCACUAUACGAUACAGCUUACAAUCGUUUACGAUUUGAAUCCAUGUUUCCACAAUCCACUACUGCCAACAUCACUUGUGGUCGGACUGAUGAAUUACUCCAUCCUUGCCUUCAUCGUUCAUCUAGAUUAGUUAGUACCAGUGUGCAAACAGAAUUAAAUCUGAGUGAAAGUCAAUAUGGGAAUGAAGAAACAUUAUUAAAUGGGAGCAAAUUUCGUAACACAGUGACUUUAAUGAAUAGACCCACUAUAGACUGUGACAACAUUACGAAGAGUGGUGAUAAAAUUGUAAAGUCGUCUUCAGCUACAUUAAACAAUGAAAAACAAUUGGUGAAUCCUAUAGAAAUGCAAUUUCGUGAUCGUACAAGAAGUAAUUCUAGUCUGCCAUACACUCCGUUAUCUGAAGAAACAAAUGAUUUCUCCAUUUUAUCCCAACAAAACUCAAUUGGUGUGAUGGGGAAAAUGAUGAAAAUCCAAAAAUAUUUUCGUGGUGCUGUUAGUGCAAUGAAAUCUGCAACCAAAAAUAAAAUUUUUAAUCCUGAUGAAGAGUCGUCUGAGGAGGAUGAGGAAGUUAUCGGAAAUCAAGGCAUUCGUUUACGAUCGUCUAGACAGGCAAGAGGAAGACGAGAAUUCCUUCAAAUCAAAUUAGUCCAAGAAAUGAAAAAUGAACACACAGGUGCUAUAUGGGCUAUGCGUUUUUCACCUUGUGGUAGGCUCUUAGCCACCGCUGGAUAUGAUCGAAAUAUUCGAAUAUGGGUCCUACGUCAGUGCUAUCGAUAUUUCAAAGGAAUGCAAAGAAAUUCUACCCCACCACCUAGUAAUACAAAGUACGGUUCAGCUAAUACAUUUAUGACGAGUAGCUUGAAUAUUCCGAAUAAUAAUGCGGUAUCCAACGUGAUGAUGGAUGACGAGAAUCGACUGGAUACCUUAAGCUUAGCAUCAACAUCAGUGUCAACCUCCGGGAAAACUGAUUUCAGUGAAGCUGAUGGAGCAUCUAGUAGCAGUUCUGCACCAGGAUGUUCUGCUCUUCUCGGUGGGACUGACGAUCUUCCUUCACCACUGUUAUCUACUGGUAGUACUAAAAAUAAUAGAUUCCAACAUCAGUUGGCAACACCAGUGAUGACAACAACACUAUCUGUUGUUUCUGAUUCACAACGAGAACGUAAAACUGUAUUUCGUUCUAAACCAUUAUUAGUAUUAAGAGGACAUGAAGGUGUGGUCACAGAAUUAGCAUGGUCGAAAAAUUUAUUCCUCUUAGCAACUAGUAUGGAUCAUCAAGUUCGUCUUUGGCAUAUUAGUCGACGUGAAUGCCUAUGCGUGUUUAGUCAUAAUGAUACAGUGCCGACAAUUGUAUUUCAUCCAAAGGACGAUCGUUAUUUCCUUUCUGGAAGUUUGGAUGGAAAGCUCCGACUAUGGAAUAUUCCUGAUAAAAAAGUUCGUUUUUGGGUUGAAGUCCCCGUACCCAGUGCUCUACCGGUUUCCACAACGGCCUUAUCUUCAUCAUCAUCAUCCUCUUCGAAUACCGUAACAAGUCUAUUCACACGUUCUAUUCCAUACAGUGGUUCACAGUAUUCAACAUCUGUGAUGAGUUUGUCAAAAGGUGUUGUAGGACCAAAAACGGUAAUUACUUGUGCAGCAUUUGCUUGUGAAGGCACUAAAGUUAUUGUUGGCACAUACGAUGGACGUGUGUUAUUUUUCAAUAGUGAGCUGUCGUAUAUCACUUUUAUAACAAUCAAGUCUGGAACUACGAAAGGACGUCAUUGUCGUGUAACGGCGAUUGAAUGUGAUCCAUCUGAUUCGAAUAAGAUUUUAGUUACAUCAAACGAUUCACGUCUACGUUUAGUUGACGCUCGUGACUAUCAUACAUUGUGUAAAUACCGAGGAUUUGUAAAUGAAACUAGUCAAAUUCGUGCAUCUUUUAGUCCAACUGGUCGUUAUCUAAUAUCAGGUUCAGAGAAUGCCUUCUUUUAUAUAUGGCAAAAAUCACUAGAUGUUGACAGAGUAUCACGAUUUUCACGUGUGCGUAAAGAUAGAAAUAAUUGUUGGGAGGCUAUUAAAGCUCACGAUACUAUGGUCACUGUAGCAGUCUUUAGUCCAAAUCCAAAUUUAGUAUUGGAUAAACAUUAUUUCGAGCCGAAAACACGGAGUUCAUUUAUUGUUUCAAGUCAUUCAGAAGGAAGUAACGGGAGCUGUUAUCACCAUCAUAAACCAUUAUGGUCCAAUCAAUUACCAUUUUCUGAAGAUCGACGAACAUGGACAUAUUUAGGUGAAGUUGUCGUCUCAGCUGACUGUAAUGGUUGCAUUCGAGUAUUUAAAAAAUAUUCAACUGAGACAACACAAUCAAUAUCUAGUUGAUAUGAAAACAAAUCACUACGUCGAGUUAUUUUUGUAAGAGCAAAAAAGGAAAGAUGUUCAUAAGUGUAUUUCGGUUUGAAAUCUCUUUAAAUACAAACUGUAUGGUAUACAUGUAUUAUACUUACUUAACACAUUCCGUUCCAUCAACCUGUAUAUUCAUACACCUACUUAUUUGCUUACUCAUAGCGCCUCCUUUUUAAUAUUUGUUAUCUAUUACCCACUUAUUCUCCUGACUUUGUCUAUGUAUUUUCUGUUGGAGGCGGUAAUUUUAAUUUGUUUGUUUUUCCCCUACCUUUAUGCUUUGAUUUUAUCAUUAGAAAGACUAAUAUAUGUAUGCAGUUCUAUAUUACCAUUACUGCUAUCAUAUUCUGCUGCCAAUGACUACUACUUAGAUGGUGAUAAACUCUUCAUUUAAUUUGCUAGAUCUGUACUAUUUUUAAAGCUAUAUUGAACAUUUAUUUUUCUGUAACUAUACUUCCAUCAAACUAGUUGAUCACUAACAAAAUAUAAACCAAUAGGAUUGUUGUCAGUCGUGUAUUUUGUAGAUAAAUGUAUCGAUGUAUGCAUUUAUCCUUUAUAUACAUUUCUGUUUAAAGUGAAGUUACAUUAUCUAAUAACUUUUGUAUUUACUUAUGAGCUAUCUUCACUAAUGGGGAUUUUUUAGAAUUUUCUUCUAUACCGUGCCACUUGAUGUGGCUCUGUGUUUAUGUACAUAUUUUCUAUAGCGUAUGUUAGUUGAAUAAUAACUUUUGUUUCAAUGAUCAGUGAUGUCAGUCG